AUGGUGGCCAUGCAGUCCGUGAAUCAGCAAAAGCGACUAACACGCCAUGUUAGUCGAAUUUUCCGUUUCACGAGGCAAAAGGAAAUGGCGGCCACACAGCUCAAGAUUGCAGAACUUAAGACAAAAAGAUAUUCAGUCAAAGACUAUACUGAAGAGUUUUACAAGUUGGUGAUCAGAUCUGGUCAUAGUGAAGAAGACAUGGAGAAGAUUGCUGAUUAUAAAGAUAGUGUAUUAUGUGAUGUGAUGCUCAUGGAUGUGUACCAUGUAUUGCCUGGAAGACCAUGGAAAUUCGUUAGGAGAAUGAUGUAUAAUAGAAGGGGGAACACUUAUACAAUAGAGAAAGAUGGAGUCAAGCAUAUCUUUAUGCCUAUACAAGAGAAAGAAGAGGGCAAUAAUAGUGGUAAGGAGUUCAUACAUGAUAUGAAUAAUGAUGAAGUAGGACUUGCUUUGGUUCUUAAACCUAAGUGUGUGUUUACUUAUACAAAACUUGAUGAUUUGCCUCUUGAAGUAGAAAAUAGUUUGAAUGAACACAUGGACAUUGUUGCAUCUGAUUUACCUAGUGAGUUCCCUCCUAUGAGGAGCAUUAAACACCAUAUGGAUUUGAUCCCAGGGGCUAGCCUUCAAAAUGAGGCUGCAUAUAGGUUGACACCUAUGGAAAAUGAAGAGAUUAGGAAGCAAGUAGAAGAUAUGUUAAAGAAGGGUUUGAUAAGGGAGAGUCUAAGCCCAUGUGCUAUUCCAAUAGUACUAGUACCAAAGAAAGGGGAAGAGUGA